GUUUUUUCCCGGGAUAUUUAUUUUUCUCCUUUACAAACUGACUAUAUAAAACCGCCCCUUUUCUCAUCUCAGAAAGCAUUUGACUGUCCUUCGGACACCUGGCAAGCUAACAGGGCAUUCUCCCAGAGGACAGGGACAGGGAGCAGGUGCACAGACCCGCCUAAGGGUUGGGGGUGCACUACUUCUCGACUUGAGGCUCUCUUUCUCUGCACUCAUCAAACACGGAACUCUGAGCUGCGAAGACAGGAGAUCUGAAUAGCUUCCAAACCACCGCUCGCUAGGCACCGAGUGUGUAUCGGUGCGGCGGAGCCAGCUGCUGCCACCUCUGGAUCUGGGGAGAGCUCAAACCUCUCUCCCUCCUCUUGCAUUUCCAGCCUCUCUUUCCUCCCGGGGGGCUCACCACGGGGGUCCCCGCAAGGUCCUCGUGGAUUCUAAGCCCCUGGUAUCCCAGGACUUCAUUUGAUCUAGACCGGAGCUUUCCCAAAGCUCAGAUCCCAGCAAAAGGACCCGGACUGAGCCGCGAGGCUCUGCAGAGCGCUCAAGGUGCCGGUGUGGUCUCCCGGUGAGACGCACAGCCCGUUUAGCCACUCCGUGUUCACCGGGUGCAUCCUGCCUCCUCCUCUCUCUCCAGAAGCCACUGGCCACCCCAGUACGCUCGCCAGGCUACUGGUGUGUGAGCUGCAGUUCCUUGGUCCACGGUUCAUUAAGCAUGUCCGGCUCCGGGAGAAAAGACUUCGAUGUGAAGCACAUCCUGCGACUCCGCUGGAAACUCUUCAGCCAUCCCUCGCCGGCCUCCAGUAGCCCAGCGGGGGGCAGCUGCUUGCAACAGGACAGCGGAGGAGGCAGCUUUGAGCACUGGGGUCCUAGCCAAAGUCGGCUGCUCAAAAACCAGGAAAAGGGCAGUGUGAGCGCUUUCUGGAAAAAGCCUUCUUCCUCCUCUUCCUCCUCCUCUUCCUCCUCGUCGUCUGCUUCAUCCUCUCCUUUCAAUCCGCUGAAUGGCACCUUACUACCAGUUGCCACGAGGCUGCAGCAAGGGGCUCUCGGGCAGGGCACCCAGCAACCCGCCAGGACUCUUUUCUACGUGGAGUCCCUAGAGGAGGAGGUAGUGACAGGCAUGGACUUUCCUGGACAACAGGACAAAGGAUUGUCCCUGAAAGAGCUCCAAGCGGAGCCUGCCAGCUCUAUCCAGGCAACAGGUGAAGGAUGUGGACACAGGUUGACAGCGACCAAUCAUUCAUUGACACCUCAAAGUGAUUUGGAUUCCAGUAGCUCUGAAGAAUUCUAUCAAGCUGUUCACCAUGCUGAGCAAUCAUUUAGAAAGAUGGAGAAUUAUUUAAAGCAACAGCAGCUCUGUGAUGUCAUCCUGAUAGUUGGGAAUCGAAAGAUACCUGCUCAUAGGCUUGUUCUGAGUUCUGUCUCUGACUAUUUUGCUGCCAUGUUUACAAGUGAUGUCUGUGAAGCCAAGCAAGAGGAGAUCAAGAUGGAAGGCAUAGAUCCAAAUGCACUCUGGGAUCUUGUUCAGUUUGCAUAUACAGGUUGCUUGGAAUUAAAAGAAGACACUAUUGAAAACCUUCUUGCAGCAGCGUGCCUUCUCCAGCUCCCUCAAGUGGUCGAAGUGUGUUGUCACUUCCUCAUGAAACUUCUGCACCCAUCCAACUGUUUAGGAAUACGCGCAUUUGCAGAUGCUCAAGGAUGUAUUGAAUUAAUGAAGGUGGCACACAGCUACACCAUGGAAAACAUAAUGGAAGUAAUCAGAAAUCAAGAGUUUUUACUCCUUCCAGCUGAAGAGCUCCAUAAACUACUGGCCAGUGAUGAUGUAAAUGUUCCCGAUGAAGAGACCAUUUUCCAUGCACUGAUGAUGUGGGUCAAGUAUGACAUGCAGCGGAGAUGCAGCGACCUGAGUAUGCUCCUUGCCUUCAUUAGAUUGCCACUGCUUCCACCACAGAUACUGGCUGACCUUGAAAACCAUGCACUAUUCAAGAAUGAUUUGGAAUGUCAAAAACUGAUUCUGGAAGCAAUGAAAUAUCAUCUAUUGCCCGAAAGAAGAACUUUAAUGCAAAGCCCAAGAACUAAGCCCAGAAAAUCUACAGUUGGAACUCUUUAUGCAGUGGGGGGAAUGGAUAAUAACAAAGGGGCUACAACCAUAGAGAAGUAUGACCUCAGAACAAAUCUGUGGAUUCAAGCAGGAAUGAUGAAUGGCAGAAGGCUUCAGUUCGGUGUCGCUGUUAUUGAUGACAAGCUCUUUGUAAUUGGAGGUCGAGAUGGCUUAAAGACUUUGAACACUGUUGAAUGUUACAAUCCCAAAACCAAGACAUGGACUGUUUUACCACCAAUGUCAACACAUAGGCAUGGUCUAGGAGUAACUGUGCUGGAAGGGCCUAUCUAUGCAGUGGGAGGCCAUGACGGCUGGAGCUAUCUGAACACAGUGGAAAGGUGGGAUCCCCAGAGCCAGCAGUGGACGUAUGUAGCCAGUAUGUCCAUUGCUCGGAGCACGGUUGGAGUGGCAGCACUGAACGGAAAGCUGUAUUCAGUUGGGGGUCGAGAUGGAAGUUCUUGUUUGAGUUCAAUGGAAUACUAUGAUCCUCAUACAAAUAAGUGGAGCAUGUGUGCACCGAUGUGUAAGAGGAGAGGGGGUGUUGGAGUGGCCACCUGUGAUGGUUUCCUGUAUGCAGUGGGUGGCCAUGAUGCUCCUGCUUCAAACCACUGUUCCAGGCUCCUGGACUAUGUGGAAAGGUAUGAUCCAAAAACAGACACAUGGACCAUGGUGGCUCCUUUGAGUAUGCCUAGAGAUGCUGUUGGUGUCUGUCUCCUUGGUGACAGGCUAUACGCUGUUGGGGGCUAUGAUGGGCAGACUUACCUCAACACCAUGGAGUCCUAUGAUCCACAAACUAAUGAGUGGACACAGAUGGCUUCAUUGAAUAUUGGGAGAGCAGGUGCCUGUGUGGUUGUCAUCAAGCAACCUUGACUGAUUUAUAUAAUGUUUGAAGGGAUUUUCUUUGCUACUGUUGUUGUUUUAUAUCGUAUGGUAAGAAUGAGAAAGAAAUUCUGAGACGAGAACUUCUCAAGAACAGGAUUUUUAUAGAUUUACCUGCUGGUGCCAAAAGCAGUAAAAGAUCAAACAGAAUUACACACACACACACAAAAAAAAAAGAGAUAGAGAGAACAUCAGACACAACAUCUGGCCAAUAGUUAAUUAGUUCAGGAAUGGUUAUUGAUAAUGUUUUUCAUUGUAGCAUACAAUAACUAGAAUUACCAAAGGCUGGUUUGUCAAAGGGACACAUAUUUGUGAUAUAGAUAGUUACUUAACGACUGACCACUUGGUUGUUCUUAUAGUCUGUGAGGAUACCCAAGAGAUGGCCAACAGUAGAAGUUAUACUAUUUCAUCUCACAAAUUCUGAACGAUUUUAUGUUUUUCUAAUUGAAUGUGAUGAUAGCAAGAAGCAGAAUGUUUUGUUGAAACAAAUAUGCUUCUUUCUCAUUUUCCUCAGCUUUGAAAACAAUGAGAGAGACAGAUAACUGUCUCUUGCAUUCAGAAAACAAACUGCCCUGCUAAUCAAGGCUGCAUAUUGUAUCCAAUAUGAUGAUUGGAUUUUAUUACAACUGUGUCAUCAGUCUCGAACUGGCAAACAAAAAGGACUUUCCACAAAGCUUGCCACAUCGCUUUGCAUUGUCAACACACUGAGCCAAAGAGUCACUGCAGCUAUGGGCAUUUGCCUCCGGCAGAAUUCAGUAUAAGCAUGGAUGUUAGUUAUUCUGAAUGUUAAUAUAACCACUGCAUGCUGAAGUCCCUUAGAAUUUUGUUCUUUAAAACAAAACUUAGAAUUUUGAGACAAAAUUUCCAACUCAUUAAAUUGGGAUGAUUAUGACAGCAGAUAGAAGGAUGACUGACUACAGAUUCACAUUCCCCAUUUUCAAAAAUCUUACAUUGAUAUGCACAUUGUUUUGAACCAAAUGUUUGUAAUUGGUCCAAAGCCAAACGUGGAACUUUUAUGUAACAUCAUUAAUAUAUGUCCAUGUAAAUUAUGAAGAUAGUUAAUAAAUGAUAGAGCAUU